AUGAAAGAUACAAUCAAACAUAUAACAUUUGUUAUAUUGUUUUAUUUAAUAUUUAUUAGUAGCCAAAGUACAACUCUAGCACAGAUCCCACCUGAAGAACUUGCCUCUGCAAUAUGGAUCAUUCGUCAAUACGGUAGUACCCUUGGACAAGAUGCAACAAGUAUAUGUUCGCCAACAUCUAGAGCAUUCACAUGUGCCAAUGGUCAUAUUACAAGAGUCGAGUUUACUGGAGGAUACGCUUCAUUUAGUGCAAGUGGAAGUGGAGUUCCUGACCCAACAUUGAAUGUCAUCAACUUCCCUGAAUGCACUGAAUUCAUUCUUUACCCAGGCAAUCCAAAUCCAAAUUAUAUCGGUGAUCCGAAUCAAAACAUUCUUGACAAAUUAACUAAUAUUAAAAAGAUUACUACAUUUUCAAUAAUAAGUAAUGAAAUUAAAAGUAUUCCAAAUGGAUUCCUUAGAAACUUUCCUCAAUUGACAACUCUGAUAUUAUCACUUCCAAACGUAACAACAAUACAAGAAAGUUCAUUUGAAGUAUCAAGUGCAACAAUCGUGUCGGUCAAUCUCAAUUUCGCUACUUUAAAAACUUAUACAUCUCCUACCAACACUUCAGCAUCAUUGAUGUGGAGAUCAUUGGGACAACUUGUAUGGACUGUAUACCCCGCGACGGCUGAUGGACCCAUUUCACUCGUCUUUUCAAAAACUGUUUUCCCAGAUUUGCAUACUCUUGUGUUGGAUUCAACUUCACCUGGAACUAUCUCUGUUUCAGCCAGCUUUCAAAACUUAUACGUUAUAGGUACUUUGACCUCUAGCUUUAGUCUUACUGUCCCAAACCCACUUGUAGUUCAAAACUUGAGAUUAAAUGGUCUAUCGACAGUGUCACCUCCAUUACACACUUUUCCAGCUUUACUUACCAAAUAUGAUUCUGCUCUUACAACUCUUCCAACAUUUCCAUUGCCAACAAGCAGCUUUACUCACUGGCAAUAUGGUUUCUUAACAGAGAAUACAACUAUACCUUGGGAAGCAUUGACACCUGAUAAUAAGCCAAGAUUACUCGAUAUCUCAAAUAACAUAAGACUUGGAGGCUCAGUUCCAGAUAGUUUCUGUGUCAACAAACUCAUUAUUUCAGGAACUAAUAUAUCUAGUGUUCCAGAUUGUUAUUGGUGUUAUCGAACCGAUCCUACUUCUUUUUUAACAACUUUACCAGUUCCACCUGGAUUUACAUGUCCACUGCGAGUUGAUCAAGCAAAUCAAACUCUUUAUACAAAGGAAUAUCGUGCAAAUUUAACUGGCCACCUAAUUGGGUGGGGUAAUAAUGUUUAUCAUCCUGCUACUCUAGGAUAUUAUAUUCUUACUCCUGUAGUUCCACAAAAAAUAUUAUUAUUAUAUUAUGUUACGAAUGGAACUCAAACCAAUACAACUAUUAAAUUAAAUGAAUAUUCACCACAUACAGUUAAUUUAACUAUUCUAGAGGUAGGAAUUACAUUGUCCAAAGUCAAUGUCACACUGCUACCAAAUCAAAAAUUACUAUUCACUUGGUUGUUUUCGUUUUACAAUAAUCUACUUGUUCAUCAAUUCCAAUCUACAUUUGGUUUGACUGGUCCUUGUAAUAUCAAUAGUACCAAAUACACAACGGGUCCCAUUCAAGCAACCAUUACUUGUUUAAUGGAUUUCAAUCCAUUCUAUACUGGUAGAUCAUUUGUAAUGGAGGUAUCUAAUCCACAUAACAAAGAAACUUACACUAUCCCAUUUAAUUAUUAUCCUCGAUUAUUUUCAGGACAAAUUGAUUCAAACAAUCAAAGAUUAAUUUAUUUGUUUGGUGAUUUUAGACAAAAUCAUUCAUUGGCAAAUAUAACAAUCAACGAUAAAAUAGCUUGUACUAUAAACGCAUCAACAAUCGAUUCAAUUAAUUGUACAUUAUCAGAGAAUGCAAGUUAUGGUCCUGCAAAUGUCAGUAUCACUGUUGAUGGAUAUCUAUAUCUAGCAAAUGACUUUUUAUACUUUACAGCUCCACCAAAUAAUAAUGGUUCAACAACAACUGGUGGAACGACAACAGGAGGUGGAUCAACACCUCAAUCACAAUGUCAAGAAUCAACAUCCAAUUGUUUUGGACAUGGAUCGUGUGAUAUUAACGGUCAAUGUCAAUGUGAUAAUGGGUAUAAUCCAAUCGAUAAUUGUUUAACUAAAUUUACCAAUUCAACACCUGUAACAAAUACAACAACACCAACAUCAUCAUUUGAAAUUGAUGGAACAAGAUUUGAUUUUGAAUUGGUUGCUAUUCAAGAGAUUGAUACUGAUGAAAAUGUAGUUGGAGAAUUAUUGACAAACAGUUGGAAUGCAACAAUCAACAGUGAUAAUUCAACAACUCUAGUCACCUAUCAACUCGUCAAUAUUAGCGAUCCACUUUACAUUGCUACAAUGGUUCAAGCAAUGAUAUCAUUCUCAACACAACCAAGAGAUAUUCAAUUUGGAGAUCAACUACUUCACAUCAAUCCAAAUUCAAUUAAAUUAGCAUUGAAUAUUACCAAUUGGCAGUACAGUAAUUUAAUAUCAACACUUCGAGUUGUAUUCCGUACAGAUGUCAAUAUGGAUCAAACAGUUGAAUUUGGUUGUAAACAACAAUCAAUAUCAACAUUCCCCUACGAUCAAUUUUCAUCAACCAUCCAAUAUCUUAAAGAAAUAAAAGAUAACGUCCAAUACAAUGGUAGAUUCAUUGAUUAUGUAUUAUCAAACGGUAAACCAACAUUCUCCAAAACAACAUUAAUCAACCAAACAGCCAUUCAAUCAUCAUCAUCAUCAUCGAUCAUGUCAACAUUGAUUGGAGUAAGUCUACCACAAUGUCAAGAAUGUCUUCUUGAUCCAGACUUUACACCACUUUUAAUUGACAAUGAUACUACUGUAAGUGAUUGUGAAUCCAAUAGUAAAACAUGGAAGAUUAUUGUUGGUGUUGUAGUUGGUGGAUUCGCUGCCAUUGCAAUCGCUGUUGGUACUGUAAUGUUAAUUAAAAAGAAAAAACUAACCUACAAACAAAACAAAAAAAUGGAAAACAGAUUAAAGAAUAUGUCUUAA